AUGACACCGUUCCAUUUCAACGUGUUCCCCUUAUUCUUCAUUUUAUCCAUCACCAUUGUUAAACCCGAUGCUGUUGAACCUUUUCAUCUUCACGACGUUCCUUAUCUCAACCGUAGCAAUUUCCCGCCAGAUUUCGUUUUCGGAACAGCCUCUUCUGCGUUUCAGUAUGAAGGUGCAGCAUUUGAAGAUGGAAAAGGACCUAGUAAUUGGGAUACUUUCGCUCAUAAAUACCCAGAAAAAAUUAAAGAUGGAAGUACGGGAGAUGUAGCCGAUGACUCGUAUAAUCGGUACACGGAUGAUAUUAAAAUCAUUAAGCAUAUGAACAUGGAUGCUUAUAGAUUCUCAAUUUCAUGGUCUAGAGUGCUACCGAAAGGAAAGCUUAGUGGAGGUGUAAACCGUGAAGGGAUAAAUUACUACAACAACCUCAUCGACGAACUAUUGGCUAAUGGUUUACAACCAUAUGUGACAAUUUUCCAUUGGGACGUUCCACAAGCCUUAGAGGAUGAGUAUGGAGGUUUUUUAAGCCGUCACAUUGUAGAUGAUUUUAGGGACUAUGCUGAACUUUGCUUUAAGGAAUUUGGUGAUAGGGUGAAACGUUGGAUUACUUUGAAUGAACCAAGAAGUGUGAGUAAGAAUGGCUAUGCAAACGGAAGAUUUGCGCCAGGGCGAUGUUCAGAUUGGUUGAAAAUGAAUUGCACAGGAGGUGAUUCAGGGACAGAACCUUACUUGACUUCGCACUACCAACUUCUUGCUCAUGCUGCUGCUGCAAAACUAUACAAGACCAAGUAUCAGGAAUCUCAAAAGGGUUUACUAGGGAUUACCUUAAACUCUGAUUGGUUUGUGCCUGCCUCUAAAGAGAUAUUAGAUCGUGACGCGGCCCAACGAGCCCUCGACUUCAUGUUUGGAUGGCAUAUGGAGCCACUCACAAAAGGUCAGUAUCCAAAAAGCAUGCAAUCCAUGGUGGGAAACCGGCUACCAAAGUUCUCCGAAAAAGAAUCAAAGCAACUUAAGGGGUCCUUUGAUUUUCUAGGCCUAAACUAUUACUCAUCCUUUUAUGCUGCUAAUGCACCUCACCUACGCGGGGCUAAACCAGCCCAACAAACUGAUGCUCUUGUUAAUGUUACAAAUCAGCAUGAUGGAAAGCUCCUUGGUCCAAUGGCUGCUUCCAGUUGGUUGUGCAUUUAUCCACGAGGGUUUCGAGAACUAUUGCUUUACAUAAAGAAGCAGUACAACAACCCUGUAAUUUACAUUACUGAAAAUGGUUAUGAUGAGUUCAACGAUCCAACACUAUCACUUGAAGAAUCCCUUAUAGAUACUUACAGGAUUGAUUACUUUUAUCGUCAUCUUUAUUAUCUUCAAACCGCAAUCAAAAGGGAUGGUGUGAAUGUAAAGGGAUAUUUUGCAUGGUCAUUGUUGGAUAACAUGGAAUGGGACUCUGGCUACACGGUGCGAUUCGGUCUUGCAUUUGUGGAUUUUAAAAACGGCUUGAAAAGAUAUCCAAAACUCUCAGCGCAUUGGUUCAAGAACUUCCUCAAAAAAUCUUAG